CAAGCAUGAACCAGACUUGAGAACAAAGAUAGGGAAAAAUGGGAGGAGGGAUGCAACCUUGCAAUCAAAUCUCUCACAAAGAUCAGUACAAUCUUGCCUACAUCAUCCACUUCAUUCUAGGGGUAGGAUCCCUGCUGCCGUGGAACACUGUGAUAACAGCAGUGGACUAUUUCGGCUACCUUUAUCCGCACAAGCAUGUAGACAAGGUUUUCUCGGUAGUUUACAUGGGUUCUUCGCUGCCAGUUUUGGUUGGCCUGGUCCUCUGGACUAAAAGACCCACGGUAAGACAAAGGAUGAAUUUGGGUUUGGGCUUGUUUCUUUCAUCUUUGCUAACAGUGCCAUUGCUGGACUUCGUCCAUGCUGGAGGCAACCAGAAGUCAGACAGACAAUACUUCAUGACAGUUCUGGCAGUGACGGUAUGUGGCUUGGCAGAUGGCCUUGCUGGAGGAAGCCUUGUAGGGUCUGUAGGAGAGCUGCCAGAGCGAUACAUGCAAGCAGUAUUUGCAGGAACAGCUUGUUCAGGUGUUCUGGUAUCAGUACUGCGGAUAAUAACUAAAGCAUCUCUUCCACAAACACCUCAAGGUCUACAGAGAAGUGCACAGCUUUACUUCAUCGUUAGUGUGCUUUUCAUGGCCACAUGCAUACUCUGUCUCAAUAUUUUACACAGGCUGUCGAUCAUGAAAUACUACACAGACAAGAAACUUUCAGCACUUCCAUACCACAACUCAUAUAUCGGAGAUCUGAAACAGAUAAAUCUGACAGGAACUCCAAUGAGCACUGCUUUUUCCACAGAGCAAACAAAUCUAAAAACAGAAUUCUGGAAUACAUGGAAAAAGAUCAAGUGGAACGCAGUUGGCAUUCUUAUGAUUUAUGUUGUGACCCUCUCCAUAUUUCCUGGGUACAUUACUGAUGGUUUACAGUCAAAGAUUCUCAGGAACUGGUAUCCUAUCCUCCUCAUAACCACAUAUAAUGUGUUUGAUCUAGUGGGAAAAUGUUUGACUGCUAUGUAUGUCCCAAAGGCCACCGUAAAAGUCGUAUGGGCUUGCUCGGGAAGGCUUUUGUUCUAUCCACUCUUUGCAGCUUGUAUGCAUGGGCCCAGAUUCUUCCGCACUGAGAUACCAGUGGUACUAUUAACAAGCGCCCUGGGUCUAACUAAUGGAUAUCUGACAAGUUCACUAAUGAUCCUUGCUCCCAAAUGUGUACCCACAAAAGAAGCAGAAACUGUAGGAAUCAUAAUGGUAUUAUUUCUAGGAAUUGGACUGGCUGCAGGAUCUCUAGCAGGUUGGCUUUGGGUAAUAUAAUUAUGCGCUCUCCCACUGAAAAAAUGGGAUUGAGACCAAUCAUGGUAUUUAGUUCCUGCACAUACCAUGCUACCAUCUGUUGCUCUCUUUAUUACAUGACUCACUUCUCAGCCAAAAGUAGCCUAAAGUCAAGUCUAUACUUCUUGCAUGUUAUCCACAGCCAUGUUUAUCUGCCCGGUGGCCAACUACGAGAAAAAUCAUUUAUGGUACACGAGUAUUCCUUCAGCCAUUUAUGAUCUGAUGAACUCUCCCGCUGUUGAAAGCCAUGACACUUCAAAGGCAGGAAGCAGCUAAAACUUCACAUCCUACUAGUGAUGCAUUUCCUCUGCCGUGGGACUCAGAAAGCCCGACUGAAUCAACAACGACUGGUGUAUGUUGAACAAUUUCAACCAAGCGUGAAUGGAAAAACAGAGCUAAAUUUGUAUAAAAAUGUUAAUGGAGUACUUUUAAAUGCAUGAAAGACAUGGUUUAAUACUUCCUGCAAGAUGGCGAUGUUUUCAAGAUGCAUAUGAUUAAUA